GGUGCAGAGAGAUGUGUGAGACGGCGGCCGGGCUUUCCCCUGCUCGUUCUCUCCCGCUUGGGUUCAGACCCAGAGAAGGAGCCGGGGAGCGCAGCUCACCAUCCCGGGCCGGGCGGGAGGACUCCGGGGCUGCCGAGCGCUCCCGCGUGUCGGGCGAUCGGAGUCCCGGCCACUGGAGAGAAGUCGGGACGACAGCGCGCCGGGGGUGCCCGCGGGGUUCCAGAGCCGCUGGCGUGGCCGGUCCCGCGCGCAGCCGAGCCUAGAGACGCGCUCAGCCCCGGAUCACCGCCGAGCGAGAUCAAGACUGAGAACCAGUGCAGCCUCAGCCAUCACAAUGGGCAGCAAAACAUUGCCAGCGCCGGUGCCUAUCCACCCAUCCCUGCAGCUCACUAAUUACUCCUUCCUCCAGGCCGUGAACGGUCUGCCCACGGUGCCCUCGGACCACUUGCCCAACCUGUAUGGUUUCAGUGCCCUGCAUGCCGUGCACCUGCACCAGUGGACGCUGGGUUACCCAGCCAUGCACUUGCCCCGAUCAUCUUUCUCCAAAGUGCCUGGGGCAGUGUCCAGCCUGGUGGACGCUCGUUUCCAGUUGCCGGCCUUUCCCUGGUUCCCUCAUGUCAUCCAGCCCAAGCCAGAGAUCACUACUGGAGGGAGUGGGCCAGUGCUCAAGACCAAGCCACGCUUUGAUUUUGCCAACCUGGCCUUGGCUGCCACACAAGAAGAUCCUUCCAAGUUGGGCCGUGGAGAAGGUCCUGGCUCUCCCGCGGGUGGGCUGGGUGCCCUCCUGGAUGUGACCAAGCUGUCUCCAGAGAAGAAGCCCACCAGGGGACGCCUCCCUUCCAAGACCAAGAAGGAGUUCGUGUGCAAGUUCUGUGGCCGCCAUUUCACCAAAUCCUAUAACCUACUUAUCCAUGAGCGGACACACACCGACGAGAGGCCCUAUACUUGUGACAUCUGUCACAAAGCCUUCCGGAGGCAAGACCACCUACGGGACCACAGAUAUAUUCACUCCAAAGAGAAGCCUUUUAAGUGUCAAGAGUGUGGGAAAGGAUUCUGCCAGUCCAGGACUCUGGCUGUCCACAAGACGCUACACUCACAGGUGAAGGAGCUCAAAAGCUCCAAGAUCAAAUGCUAAACGGAGCCUCCGGGGAGGGGCCAGCAGGACCCUGGGCCACGGCCACCCCCUCCCUCCUCCAGAGGGACCCAAAGCUGCAGACGGCAGGGGCCGGCCACGGGAGGGGCGCGAG